AUGGCCGCUCAGGUCGCCAGCGUCGCCACUCUCAAUACUAGCCCGCCAUCCGAACUCAAAAAGCCGGACCGGGACCCACAGGACGAGUCGGUGACGGGGGAGAAGCAGCAUGAGAAGAAGGAAGCUGGCUCCGAUGGGGGCUCUCCCGGGCAGAAGGAUCUGCAGGACGGGACCAAUGCUGGGAACGCUGGGGGAGGAGGGGAUCCUGACAUGAAGAACGGCAAUUUGCCCAGGGUAAAUAAUAAUAACAGUAACCAGAAUGAUUCUGGCGGACCCGAGGGGAAUAACCAUCCCGGAAUGGGACACCAUCAUUCGGGCCCCUUUCCCCCACCUCCGUACGGUUACAACCAGCACUUCAGGCCCCCUUUUCAUCAACAUGGCGGACAACAAAGCCCUGGCAUGGCAGCUGCAUCGGGGCCGGGCAUGAUGGACCCAUAUCCCCCUAAUUCACACGAACACGGCUACCCCAAUCAUUACAACAAUUACAGCCCGUUCCCGAACAGGACUUCUUACCAGGGCCAGGGCUACGGGGCCAUGAAUUCCCCACGUAAUAGUCAGCCUCCGGCGGCUGGGGGGCAGCCAGGCAAGCAACAGCCAGCAGGAGGAACCGCUGCCAUGGCUGCUUCUUAUAAUAAUCAGAGCUCGACCAGGAGUUAUCCGAAUUACCCACAGGGGGACUAUAACAAUCAGGACGGGGCUAACAAGGGACCUGGAGAUAUGGGUAGCAGUCAGUAUGCUGGGGUCCAUCCGGGUUGGCAACAAAGGGUCCACCAUCCUCCUCCUAUGAGCCCAGGGAACACUGGACAACCACCGAACAGAACACAGCCUUCAAGCCCCAUGGACCAGGUAGGGAAGAUGAGGAAUCAGCCGUACGUGGGGCCAAACCCAUACACUCAGCCGCAACAGGGGCCGCCCAGUGCGCCCGGUCCCCAACAGGGGGGCUCUUUUCCUGGGCAAACUUAUGGAGGACCCCCAGGUCCACAGAGAUACCCCAUGGGUAUGCAGAAUAGAAGUAUGCCAUAUGGACAACAGAUGCCAUAUGGACAACAAGGCCCAGGUGGUUAUGGUCAUCAGAACCAAGGCUACUACGGUCAGCAUGGGCCUGCUCACUCCGGGGCUCAGCAGCCAUACCCUGGUCAAACACAGGGGAGCUCGGGUCCUCCCUAUGGCCAGCAAGGACAUCCAUCCCAGCCUCCUGCUCAGCAUGGCCAGUCUGCAGCACCAUACCCACAGUCACAAGGCCCCCACGGCCCGGGAGCGGGUCAGCCCCCCUACAGCCAACCACCACAGUCCCAGCCAGGUCAGCCUCCCUAUACCCCUUCACAGCAGUCGCAGCAGCAGCAGCAGCAGUCCCAACCACCGCAGCAGGGUCCUGGGACCCCGAGCCAGCAGGCUUCUCAGUCUCAGCCUGGAUACACACAAGGUCCUGGGACGGGGCAGCCACCUCAACAGCCAACGCCUCAGCAGCAGCAACCGCCGCAGCAAGGACCGCCACAGGCACAGGCGCAGGGAGCACCUCCACCUCAGGCUCAGCAGCCUCCCAACCACGGGCAGCAGGGUCAGCCAUCCCCAUACUCCCAAACACCGCCUCUACCACAACAGGGGUCGCAGCAGUCUCAACAGCAGUCUCCCUAUCAGAGGUUUCCACCGCCAGCACAGGAACUGUCUCAAGAUUCAUUUAGCUCCCAGUCCAGUGCACCUCCUUCCAAUCAGCCCAUCGCUUCCAACAAAAGCAGUCAAGAAGACAGCAUGCAGGGCCGACCAUCCAGUUUACCGGACCUGUCUGGCUCCAUUGAUGACCUGCCUACUGGGACAGAAGGGGCCUUGAGCCCUGGUGUUAGCACUUCAGGUGUGUCCAGUAGUCAAGGCGAGCAGAGUAACCCUGCCCAGUCGCCUUUCUCGCCACACACUUCACCUCACCUGUCAGGGAUCCGUGGCCCGUCACCAUCUCCAGUGGGCUCCCCUGCGAGUGUCACCCCCUCCCGCACAGGACCACUGUCUCCUGCUGCUGUACCAGGUAAUCAGAUGCCUCCCCGACCCCCCAGUGUCCAGUCAGACAACAUGAUGCACUCGUCCAUGAACCAGUCCGGGAUGGGCCAGGACAGAGUGUAUAUGCGCAACCCCAAUAUGCCGCCUUAUGGUUCACCUGGACAACCUGGCUCUGCCUUAUCUCCACGCCAGUCUUCAGGAGGCCAGAUGCAUGCUGGGAUGGGACCCUACCCUCAAAACAAUUCUAUGGGCAACUAUGGGCCACAAAGUGGCCAGUAUGGACCGCAAGGUUAUCCCCGGCAGCCAGGCUACACAGGGAUGCAGAAUGCCAACUAUCCCAGUGGUCCUGGCAUAAGCAGCUCCAUGAACCCCAUGUCUGGUCAGGGCACUGGGCCUCCUUAUGGAGGAAUGCCACCUGGGAGAAUGCCCCCGGGGCAGAUGGGUGCUCGGCCCUAUGGUCCUGCGAUGGGCUCCAACAUAGCCAAUAUGCCCCCGCAGAUGGGCGCUGGGAUGUGUCCACCUCCAGGCAUGAACAGGAAAGAGGGUGGACCCGCCAUGCACCACGGACCCUCCAACUCCAUACACACCAGACCACCAGGCUACCCCAACAUGUCACAGGGCAUGAUGGGAGCGGGCGCCGGUUAUGGGCCUGGGAUGAACAGUAUGCAUGGAAUGAUGAACCAGGGAGGUCCAGGACCAUACCCAAUGGGAGGAAAUAUGCCCAACAACACUCCUGGAAUGCCUCCUACUUCAGAGUUUGGUAUGGACAAAAUGAACCAAGCUCCAAAAAUGAACAACAAAGUAGAUGGGACUCCAAAAUCUGAAUCCAAAAAGAAGUCGAGCUCCUCCACUAUCACUAAUGAAAAGAUCACUCGGCUGUAUGAGCUUGGCCCGGAACCAGACAGGAAGAUGUGGGUUGACCGGUACCUGGCCUUUUCUGAGGAGAAAGCGUUAGGCAUGAACAACUUACCCGCUGUUGGACGCAAGCCUCUGGACCUCUUCCGACUCUAUGUGUCUGUGAAGGAGAUUGGUGGACUAACGCAGGUCAACAAGAACAAGAAGUGGCGAGAGUUGGCAACUAACCUAAACGUGGGCACAUCCAGCAGCGCCGCUAGUUCACUGAAGAAACAGUACAUCCAGUGUUUGUAUGCCUUCGAGUGCAAGAUCGAGCGAGGAGAAGACCCACCCCCUGACUUUUUCAACACGGACAAUAAAAAGAACCAGCCCAAGAUCCAGCCUCCCAGUCCAGCUGGCUCUGGAUCACUUCAAGGUCCUCAGACCCCUCAGUCUAACAGUAGCUCCAUGGCAGAAGGAGGAGACUUAAAGCCCCCCACCCCAGCUUCAACACCGCACUCGCAAAUGCCCCCCAUGCCCGGUGCAAGAAGUAGUGUUAAUCUUCAGGAUCCUUUCGCUGAUGGUGUAGAUCCUGCAUUUCCAAGAAGAACCCCCAAUUCUCAGGGCUACCAGCCUGGACCAGAAAUAAUGAACCGGAUGGGUCCCUAUGACUCCAAAGACCCCUUUGGUGGCAUGAGGAAAGCUGGAGAGCAGUUCAUGCAGCCGGGCCCCAACAGUGGGAUGGGAGAGCAGUAUAAUCGGGGUCCUCCUGGACCUAUGGGGAACAUGCAGAUGAGCCAGAGGCAGCAGUAUCCAUAUGGAUAUGAACGAAGACAAGAGCCUGGGAUGGGCCCUGAUGGAGGCCUGGUGGGGCCUGGUGCUCCACAAUCCAACAUGAUGCCUUCUGGAGCUGAUGCAGGGAUGUACUCUCCCAGCCGCCCCCCACCACAGCAGAGGCAUGAGUCCUAUGGCAACCAGUACAGUGGACAAGGAGCGCCCCCUGGUGGCCCGUAUACAAAUCCACAGCCAGGAAUUUAUCCACAGCAGCAACCGAACUACAAGCGUCCUGUGGACGGAGGCUAUGGUCCUCCUGCCAAACGUCAUGAGGGCGAGAUGUACAAUGUCCCAUACAGCGGUCCGCAGCAGCCGGGGCCCCAGCCUUCUGGGCCACAGGGUCAGCAGGACAUCUACAACCAGUAUAACACAUACCCAGGGGGCGAGCGCAGGCCGCCUGGACCACAGAACCAGUUUCCCUUCCCUUUUAACCGGGACAGAGGUCCAACUUCGGCAGGGCCCAACUCCCAGUCACCCAUGGCCCCUCAGAUGAUGGCCAACACGAUGCCUUCUGGCCCUGAUGGCCCCCAGGGGCCUAUGUGGCAGGGUCGCAAUGAGAUGGGCUAUUCAAACUUCCCUAAUAGGCAGGGGCCCCCUGUCCCGGGUCAAGGUCCCGGCUUCCACGGCAUGAACCGCUCUGAGGACAUGAUGUCUUCAGACCAGCGCAUGAACCAUGAAGGCCAGUGGCCUGGCCACAUGAACCAACGACAGCCCCCAUUUGGUCCUGGAGGCUCCGGGCCACCCAUGUCCCGGCCGUUGCCUUCCACAUACCAGACUUCUCAGAAUCACAUUUCUCAGGUCUCCAGCCCCACCCCCAUGCCUCGUCCCAUGGAAAGCAGGACUUCCCCCAGCAAGUCCCCUUACAUGCACCCGGGCGUCAAAGUGCACAAGGCUGGUCCCCCGGUUCCUGCGUCCCACAUCGGACAAACCCCUGUGCAGCAGCCCCUCAUCCGGAGAGACGUUGCCUUUCCCCCAGGCUCCGUGGAGGCGUCGCAACCCCACCUGAAGCCCCGCAAGAGGCUGACCAUGAAAGAUAUUGGAACUCCAGAAGCCUGGAGGGUCAUGAUGUCGCUGAAGUCUGGUCUUCUGGCUGAGAGCACUUGGGCCUUGGAUACCAUUAACAUCCUGUUGUAUGAUGAUGGCAGCAUUUCCACUUUCAACCUGUGUGGUCUUCCUGGUUUCUUGGAGUUGGUUGUGGAGUACUUCAGACGAUGCCUCAUUGAGAUCUUUGGCAUUCUAAAGGAGUAUGAAGUGGGAGACCCGGGCCAGCGCGUCCUUCUAGACCCGUUUGCUGAGGAUCAAGACUCUGAUGACUAUAUCCCAAUGCCCGAGGGAGGAGAUAUAGACACAGAUGAGGAAGAGGAAGAGGAGGAGGAGGAAGAGGAGGAGAAGGUGCGACCAGUCGUUCUUGUGAAGGAAGAAGUCCACACGCCCCUUGGCAAGUCUGCAGAGGACCAAGAAGACCACAAGGAAAUGGAGUCUCCUGUUAAAGAACCCUUAAGUUCUACCUCAGGGUCUCAGGACCCCACUGUCCAUCUGGAGAAGCCAAGACAGGCCAGCAAAUUUGACAAAUUGCCCAUCAAGGUAAUUCGAAAGAAGAACCCUUUUAUGACAAAGCAUGCAUCCAAGCUGAAGCAGCUGCAGAGCUUUGACAGCGGACUUGUACACUGGAGCAUUGGGGGAGGGGACACUACAGAACACAUCCAGACCCACUUUGAGAGCCGCGUGGACCUUUUCAAACCGUGCAGGCGCACAGCAGCCUCCGAGGCCCGAAAGAAAGUCACUGUACCUCAGGCAGCGGUGGAGACACCUGACCCAGCCAAGCCCAUCAGUGAAGGGUCUCCACAGCCCCCUCAGUCCAACCACACAGAGCAGAGCUCCAUGCCCAUUGGAGCACCUGUCACCGCCACCAUCGACGACGUUCUGUCUGCUCGUCCUGGCUCCGUCACAGAAGAGGUGGUGCGUGGUGGAGUGGAGGAGCAGAAGGAGAACGGAAAGUACCUGUUCAGCAUAAACCCAGAGCUCCAGAGCCGGCGGAAUGUCAAAAUCCUGGAGGACGAGCCCCACAGUAAGGAUGAAACUCCUCUCUGCACACUGUCUGACUGGCAGGACUCUCUGUCCCGCCGCUGCAUCUGUGUGUCCAACAUCAUCCGCAGCCUAUCCUUUGUACCGGGCAACGACCAGGAGAUGUCCAAACAUCCAGGACUGCUGCUGUUGUUGGGUCGACUGGUCCUCCUCCACCACCGGCACCCUGAGAGGAAGCAGGCCCCCGUCACCUACGAAAAGGAGGACGAUGUGGACGAGGGGGUGAGCUGUGAGCGGGACGAGUGGUGGUGGGACUGUCUGGAGGUGCUGAGGGAGAACUGCCUGGUCACGUUAGCAAACAUUUCAGGUCAGCUGGACCUGUCCAUCUACUCUGAGAGCAUAUGUCUGCCGCUACUCGACGGCCUGCUCCACUGGGCUGUGUGCCCCUCUGCCGAGGCCCUGGACCCCUUCCCGACACUUGGACCACAUGGCUCCCUCUCCCCUCAGAGACUGGUUCUCGAGACCCUCAGCAAGCUGAGCAUCCAGGACAACAAUGUGGACCUGAUUCUGGCCACGCCCCCCUUCAGCCGCCUGGAGAAGCUGUACGGCUCACUGGUACGUCUGGUGGGAGAGCGGAAGGUGGCCGUGUGCCGAGAAAUGGCGGUGGUGCUGCUGGCGAACCUGGCGCAGGGUGACAGCUUGGCGGCCCGGGCCAUAGCUGUUCAGAAAGGCAGCGUGGGGAACCUGCUGGGCUUCCUGGAGGACAGUCUGGCAGCCACUCAGUACCAGCAGAGCCAGAGCUCCCUGCUGCAGAUGCAGCACCACUUUGAACCCACCAGUGUGGACAUGAUGCGGCGGGCGGCCCGCGCCCUGCACGCUCUCGCCAAAGUGGAGGAGAACCACUCAGAGUUCACUCUGUAUGAGUCGAGGCUACUGGACAUCUCUGUUUCCCCUCUUAUGAACUCUCUGGUGUCCCAGGUCAUCUGUGAUGUACUGUUUCUGAUCGGCCAGUCAUGA